CCUCGGUAGAAACAGUGGAGUCGCUUUGAUGUGGUGAGAACAGGACUGGUCCACCAGAGCCCCGGAUAAACCUGUCUGGUGGACUCUGUGCUGCUCACCUUCUUUCUGAAUGUUUUACCUCUGACUCAUCUCCCGGAAGCUACAAAGCUAAUGGCGCUAGCUUAGCAUGCUAGCUGCUUAGCAACACAGUUUGAAGGAAAACAAACAGCGUUUUUGACGGAGUUUGUUCGGAGGAAAAGUUUCUGUCAUCGUGUGAAAAUGUGUAAAGUCCAGAUGCUGAGAGCGUUGGUGGAGCAGCGACUAACUGCGGCUGCUGAAGAGAUAUUUGGGCUGUUUGAAAGAACGAUAGCAGAGUACGAGGAGGAACUUUGUCGUUCAAAAGAGGAGAACGAGCGACACCGGAAACGACUGGACGCUGUUUUCAGCCCUCAGCUCCGGCUGCACAGAGCAGAGCUCCCACAGCAGCUCAACAUGCCAGUUAUAACCUCUGUGGAAUCAGAAGCAAACAGGGACCCCCAGCUCCAUAGAGCUGAGAACCAAGAUCAGAAAGGAGGCCAGCAUGGAGACUCAGGAUCAACUAGAAAUGCAGAGCCAGGACCAAAGAAGAGACGACGCACGAGCAGAAGUCACAGUAACAACGUAGACAACACUAACAUAUCAGAGGUUCACCCUGAUACUCAAACAGAGCUCCGACAGCAACAUGUCUGUGAGGAGGAGGUUCUCCCUGACCAGCAGCUCUGUAUUCAGAAGAGGACCUCCAGUCUGGACCAAGAGGACCCAGAGCCUCCACAGAUUAAAGAGGGACGGGAGAAACUGUGCACCAAUCAGGAGGGAAAGGAGGAUAACUUUCGUCACAGUAACAACGUAAACAACACUAACGUGCCAGAGAUUCACCGUAAUACUCAAACAGACGUCCAGCAGCUGCCGGUGGUUAAAGAUUGGGUUCCCCCUGAGCAGCAGGACUGGAGCUCCAGUCUGGACCAGGAGCACCCAGACCCCCCACACAUUAAAGAGGAGCAGGAGGAACUCUGGACCAGUCAGGAGGGAGAGCAGCUUCAAGGGCUGGAGGAGGCUGACAUCAAGUUCCAGUCAACUUCUGUCCCUGUGAAGAAAGAAGAUGAUGAGGAGAAAGCUCAGUCCUUACACCUUCACAGAGAGGCAGAGAGAACAGGAGCUGAUGGAGAGGACUGGGGAGGACCAGAACCAGCUACUUAUUACAAGACAUUAGACUCUCCUGAAUCUGAGACUGAUUACAGUGCAGACUGGGAGGAGUCAGGUUUAAACUCUCUGCAAAACAAUGAAGAACCUACCCAGUCAUCCACCAUGAUCUCCUUCCUGAGGCUCUUUAUAAUGUUCUUCUCCUCAGACGUCCGGCAGCUGUCGGUGGUUAAAGCGGAGGUUCCCCCUGAGCAGCAGGGGUGGAGCUCCAGUCUGGACCAGGAGGAGCCGGACCCCCCACACAUUAAAGAGGAGCAGGAGCAACUCUGGACCAGUCAGGAGGGAGAGCAGCUUCAAGGGCUGGAGGAGACUGACAUCAAGUUCCCGUUCACUUCUGUCCCUGUGAAGAGUGAAGAAGAUGAUGGAGAGAAAGCUCAGUUCUCACAGCUUCACAGAGAGGCCGAGUGA